CCCGCGUUCGCGGCACCGCUGCGGGAGGGUCAACCCCCGUCGUCGACCUCGACCUCGAGGGACUCCCUGUCCGGCGGAUCGACGCAGCGACCUCUUGGUUCCCCGCGGAGACCUCUAAGCCGAGCUAGCCCUCUCAGCCGCUCGCCGGCGACCUUCGACGUCUUGGAGCAAAUAUCUCUGUCCAAACAACUAAGUACUGAAGAUUGGCCCAUCCACUCUAUUUUGAUGCUAAUGGAGUCAGAUAGCCCAGUUUCGAAGAAAUCAAGAUUGCUCCAAUCAGUGGAUUGUGCAAUGGAGGAAGCACCUUCCAAUGCAGUGGGUGUGAAUCAGAGUCUGCAUUGGACCCAAUGGCAGAUACUGGACUCCAUUCUCCCCACUGGCGGUUUCGCACACUCCUACGGUCUUGAAGCUGCUAUGCAAUCUCGCAUGGUGAAUGACCAGGAAGACUUGAGGUCAUUUGUCAUCCAGGUCCUGGAGAACACUGGCAGCCUUCUGCUUCCGUUUGUGUACUGUGCUAGCAAGUCCCCUGAUGCAGGGGCAUGGGUCAAGCUUGAUCAGUUGCUGGAAGCUACAUUGACGAACGAAGUCAGCAGGAAGGCAUCUGCAUCUCAAGGCUCAGCUCUGCUGAGAGUGGCUGCGUCUGUCUUCACUGAGAUUCAAGCGCUGCAGGAUCUCCGGCGGACAUUCCUUGGUUCUAAGAUCGUAUCAUUUCACCAUGCACCUAUAUUUGGGUUGAUAUGUGGUCUGGUCGGAUUCGACAGCGAGACAGCGCAGCGUGCUUACAUGUUCGUGACGAUGAGGGAUGUGUUCUCUGCUGCAACAAGGCUCAAUCUGAUCGGGCCGCUGGCUGCUUCAGUGCUGCAGCACCAGGUUGCACCGGAUGCUGAAAGGAUGGUGCAGAAAUGGAGGGACCGUGAUGUCGCUGAGGCAUCACAGACUGCCCCUCUGCUUGAUGCUUUGCAGGGCUGCCAUGCUUACAUGUUCUCCAGGCUGUUUUGCUCUUGACAAUGAGAUGUACUAUUAUUUCUUCUCCUUUAUUCCCUUUUCACUUGAUCAAAUGAUCUUCAAACACAGGCAGCACAUGGAUCAGUUUUAUGAUAAAUGCACCAGUAGUGCUUUGGUAUUA